AUGGAGUAUAUCAAUUACGUCAAGAGCAAGGCCCAUAUUGGCACUGCAAAGAAGUCCGAAAACCCAGUCCUAACCGAAGAAGAUGAACACUUCCUCAAUCGCAUAACUUCACAUGAUGAACAACCUCCACCUUUACCAGCCAGGCCUCAGGUCCAAGAUCUCCCAGUAGCUGGGGAAACUCAGGGCAAUGAUGCGCAGCUAGCACUACUGGAUGAUGCCCAGAAUAUUGCGCUGCCUGAGACUCCAAAGGAGAACACCACAGAGCCGGAGCCUAUGCGGGAUCCGAUCGCUGGGUCAGAAAAAGGUGCUGAGAAGAAAUCCGCGAAGAAGACCUGGAGCUGGCUUCGCCGUGACAGUCGAGAUCACAAAAGCAAGAAUCAGACAGAUGCAGCAGAAAGCCUCAUGCACAUCGCUGAAGGCGUAAAAUCGUCCGAUGCGCAACCAAAUGAAGAUAACAUUGUCAGUGAGGUUCAAGCGAAGAAAGAGCAGGACGACAUGGCAAUGGUGCUUGAGAAGCUCAAUCUUGCCGCAGUCAACAAUCGUGUCUUUUCAAUCAGUGAGGAAACGCAGGAGCUCUUGCAGAAGUUCAACCAGGUCUUCAAGGAUCUUGUCAAUGGGGUUCCUACCGCAUAUGACGAUUUAGAAUCGCUACUCACCAAUGGUGAUCAGCAAUUGCAGAAGACAUUCAAUCACCUGCCAACGUUCCUGCAGAAGUUGAUAGCGCAGCUGCCAAACAAGAUGAAAGACACCAUUGCACCAGAGCUAAUGGCAGCUGCGGCACAGAAGGUGGAAAAGAGUGGCACCACUACUGCAAAGGCAAAGGAGCCAGCUAGUGCCGCGAAGAAGAAGAAGGGUUUCAAAACUCCAAAUUUGAAAGACAUUGCUGGGAAUCCGGGAACAAUUGCUUCAACGAUGCGAACCAUUAUCACCUUUCUUAGAGCUCGAUUUCCGGCUUUUCUAGGGAUGAAUGUGCUGUGGUCCUUGGCCUUGUUCGUCUUGCUCUUCGUCUUCUGGUACUGCCACAAACGUGGCAAGGAAGUUAGGCUGGAGAAGGAAAGGCGACUCACAGAGGAAGAAGAAGCUCGAUUGGAUGCCGAAUAUCGUGCAUUGAAUCCAGACGGCAAUCUUACCACGACAGCACCUGAAGGAGCACCUUUGGAAGAAGUCCAGCAGGGCAUAAUAGAAGCCCAGGUGGCCCGCGAAGCAGCUGCGGAAGAUGGGUUGGAGGACGAUGUAGAUCCGUCCGUCUUGGGCACGACUGUUCAACCAGCAGAGAAGGUUGGUACCUGA